CAGCGGUCUCAUCUCUCUCCGUUUCCUCUGAAAGCUCGUAUUUUUAGCUCCCCUGAGCUCUGUGCCUCAUCAAGCUCUCCAAGCUCUCGCCAUGGCCAAGAACACAUGCAAGCUCUGCUCCCGCCGCUUCGGCAGCCCGCGCGCCCUCGCCGGCCACAUGCGCUCCCACUCAGUUGCAGCCACGAGGUCGCAGAUCUCCUCGACGUCCUCCGCGUCCACCUCCAUCGCGGUCGGCGACGACGAGGGCGGCGGCGGCGAUGCCAAGAAGCAGAAGCCCACCGUCCAGGGGUACGUGCUGCGGGAGAAGCCCAAGAGAAGGGUCCGCCUCGCCGAGUCCGACUUCUCGGAUCGCGAGAGCGAGACGGACUACUACUCCUCGCCUCCUGGCAAGCGCGCGAACAUCGGAUCGGGCGAUGGCGAGCAGGUGAGCUCGGUGUCCGACGCCGCCACGUCGGAGGAGGACGUCGCGCUGUCCCUCAUGAUGCUCUCCCGCGACUCCUGGCCAGGCCCGCCGCCGUCCUACCGCUCCCACGGUGCCGGCUACGACGACGGGAGCGAUCGUGGUGAUGCACCCCCGGCGGACGCGGCCGCGCAGAAGCGGACGCGGUUCCAGUGCCCGGCGUGCAAGAAGGUGUUCCGAUCGUACCAGGCCCUCGGCGGGCAUCGCGCGAGCCACAUGCGCGGCGGCAGGGGCGGCUGCUGCGCUCCUCCGCCUAACCCUCCUCCUUCUCCCGCGACGCCUCUCCAGCCAUUGCCGGAGUGCGACGGCGGCGAGGAGGAAGAUGCGAAGCCGCAGCCUCACGAGUGUCCCCACUGCUUCCGCGUGUUCGCGUCCGGGCAAGCUCUGGGCGGCCACAAGCGGUCACAACUCUGCUCAGCCGCGGCGGCGGCGGCCGCCGCGGCAUCGGGCGCUGAUCUUCCUGCCACAAUUAAAAGCAACAGUUUCAUUGAUCUGAACCUCCCGGCGCCGUUCGACGACGUGGAGCUCUCCGCCGUUUCAGAUCCUUUCCUCUCCUCGAAGCCAGGUUCUUGAAAGCAAGCAUAGCAUCAGAGAGCGAUGCUGUGCGCUCUCUCCGUUCGGUUGAUUCAACGAAGAUGGUUCGAGCUAUGGAUUCAAGAGAAAGACCUGCUGCUUAACCAAGCAGCCGAAAAGGUAAAGCAAAUAUCAUAAAAGGAGACAUCUUUGCUUUGGUAGUUUUUUUGCUCAGUUGUUUCGUUCAUUCAGCUACAAAAAUUGCUUGAUGCUGUCCUCCAUUCUGUUCUGUCUUUUUGUUUGUUUCAAGCUACCGAACAGUGUACAUUGGGGCAACUAGCAGAGCUAGCUCUUGAUCAUAAUCUAGCAUGAAAUUAUUCCCAAAAAAAGCACAGGAGAAAGAUUAUA